CCGAGGCAGCGGCUAGGCGGGCGCGGCGCGGAGCGGCGGGGCGGAGGGGACAAGAUCAGGGCAGGAGGCAAGCGGUUCAUCCAAAGGGCUCGGCACACCCAGCAAGAUGCUGUCCUGGCGGCUGCAGACAGGUUCCGAAAAGGCGGAGCUCCAGGAGCUCAAUGCCCGGCUUUACGACUACAUAUGCCGGGUGCGAGAGCUGGAGCGCGAGAACCUGCUGCUGGAGGAGGAGCUGCGCAGCCGGCUGAGUCGGGAGGACCGCUGGGCCGAAGAUCAGGCGCUCUACGCCGAGGAGGCGCGCAGCCUGCGACAGCAGCUGGACGAAUUGAGCUGGUCCACAGCCCUGGCCGAGGGCGAGCGCGACGCGCUGCGGAGGGAGCUGCUGGAGCUGCAGCGGGAGGGUGUGGAAGCCGGCACUGUCCGCAGCCGCCUGGAUGCCGAGCUGGGAGCGCAGCGGCGGGAGUUGGAGGAGGCGCUGGGUGCGCGCGCCGCCCUCGAAGCGCUGCUGGGCCGGCUGGAGGCUGAGCGCCGCGACCUGGACGCUGCCCACGAGCGCCAAGUGCGGGAUCUACGUGCCCGCGCAGCCAGCCUCACCAUGCACUUCCGAGCCCGCGCCACCGGCCCCGCCGCGCCCCCGCCGCGCCUGCGGGAAGUGCACGACAGCUACGCCCUGCUGGUGGCCGAGUCGUGGAGGGAGAGCGUGCAGCUGUAUGAGGACGAGAUGCGCGAGCUAGAGCAAGCGCUGCGCCGCGGCCAAGAGAGCCGGCUCCAGGCGGAGGAUGAGGCGCGGCUGUGCGCGCAGGAGGCGGACGCCCUGCGGAACCAGGCUCUGGAGUUGGAACAGCUGCGCGCGAGGCUGGAGGAUGAGCUGCUGCGGAUGCGCGAGGAGUACGGGAUGCAGGCAGAGGAGCGGCAGAGAGUGAUUGACAGCCUGGAGGAUGAGAAGGAAGCCCUUACCUUGGCCAUGGCUGACAGGCUGCGGGAGUACCAGGAGCUCCUGCAGGUGAAGACGGGCCUCAGCUUGGAGGUAGCCACCUACAGGGCCUUGUUGGAAGGAGAAAGCAAUCCGGAGAUACUGAUCUGGACUGAGAACGUUGAAAACAUGCCACAAGAGUCCAGAAACACAUCCUAUCGCUAUACCAACUCGGUAUUACAGAGGAAAAAUGAGAGAAAUCUCUUUCCAAGGCAAAAAGCACCAUGGGCAGCUGUAAAUCACAGCUCGGCUUUGUACUCUAAAGGACCAGGGUACCUUGACUCACAGACAACCACAGCUGUUGGAAACACUGCCAGAAGGGAGUUCCUGACCUCCCGCUAUUCUUCCUCAGCUACGACCUCGACCUCACAGCAAAAGCCCCUGGAGAAAACCAUCAGCAGUCAAGCCGGUUUAAGACCAGUCACGCCAACCCAUGGCUUUCUAAGAAACACUGAAGCUCAAGUGAAAACAUUCUCCCAUAGAUCCAAAGUCGAAGGCACGGGGGACACACACACAUGGAGGGCCACAGAGUCCAUUAUUACCAGAGACUCAUACAGAAGUCACCUGGGCAGUGUGGCAGCAGGUACCAUGAACAGCACUCAGUCAAAUGAGAGGACUGUCAUUCUGGGAAAGAAACUAGAAGUGCAAGCCACCAAGGAGCAAGAAAGGGACAGAUCAGGGCUCAUCAAGUUAAAGCCAGAGGCAAAAAUAUUUGAUUCUAAAGAGAAGGCUUCAGAGGAAAGAAACUUGAGGUGGGAAGAGCUGACCAAGUUAGAUAGAGACGCAAGGAAGAGAGAAAGCCAGCAUUUGAGGGACAAGGCCAAAGAGAAGGAAGCACUGAAGGAGCGAAGUGUAAAGGAAAGAGAAGUGCCCAUCAGUCUAGAAGUAUCCCGGGGCCACAAACCAGAGGUGUCCACAAUACACUUGCAGUCACCUGGAAAGGAUGUCACCCACAGUAGGGGAAGAGAGGCAGAGACCAAAGAGACAAAGUUCCGGUUGGAUACCCAGGACACUGCCAGCUCUCUGCAGAGUGACUCUAUGACAGAGACCAUAGCUGAAAACAUUGUCACCACCAUCCUUAAGCAGUUCACCCAGUCUCCAGGUGCUGAAGAGAAUGUCAGCUCUUUCCCGGACACAAAGGUCACUUACGUGGACAGAAAGGAGUUUCCUGGUGACAGGAAAACCAAGACAGAAAUAGUUGUGGAGUCGAAGCUGACAGAAGAUGUUGAUGUUUCUGACGAAGCUGGCCUGGACUACCUUCUAAGCAAGGAUGUCAAGGAGGUAGGACUGAAGGGGAAGUCAACGGAGACAAUGAUAGGAGAGAUGAUCAAUCUCGGUCUGAGAGGAAGAGAGGGGAGGACCAAAGUCGUAAAUGUGGAGAUUGUGGAAGAGCCCAUGAGCUACAUAGGUGGUGGGAAAGUGGAGUUUUCUACCCCCUUUCAGGUGGAAGAAGUCGAUGACGUGUCUCCCAGCCCCAAGGGGUUUGUUGAGGAAGAGGAUGGCGAAGGAGAGACCCACAUGGCAUACUCAAUGCAUCAACAUCAAAGGACCAAGCAGCCCCAGGAGAACAUCCCUCAUGUGGAAGAAGUGAUGGAGGCAGGCGACUCAGAGGGGGAGCAGAGCUAUUUCGUGUCUACCCCAGAUGAGUACCCUGGGGGCCAUGACAGGGAAGAUGAUGGCUCGGUGUAUGGGCAGAUCCACAUCGAGGAAGAGUCCACCAUCCGGUACUCGUGGCAAGAUGAAAUCGCGCAAGGGACUUGGAGAAGGAAAGUGAGAGGUGACACGGGGGAAGAGAAGCACAUGAAGGUCCUGGAGGUUCCAGCAACUUCCCUGGGUGGUGCCGUUGGUUCUGCUCACUUGAAGGAAGAAGCUAGUGGUGAACUCCAUGCUGAACCCACAGUCAUUGAGAAAGAGAUCAAAAUACCGCAUGAAUUCCACACCUCCAUCAAGGGUGUCUUCUCCAGUGAGCCCCGGCACCAGCUGGUGGAGGUCAUUGGAAAGCUGGAGGAAACGUUGCCUGAGCGCAUGAAGGAGGAGCUGUCUGCCCUGACCAGACAGAGUCAAGGAGAGCCAGGGAGUGUCUCAGUGGACGUAAAGAAAGUCCAGAGCUCUGCUGGUGGUUCUGUGACCUUGAUGGCUGAAGUCAACCUCUCGCAGACUGUAGAUGCUGAUCAGUUAGACCUGGAGGAGCUGAGCAGGGAUGAAGCUGGGGAAAUAGAGAGGGCUGUGGAGUCGGUGGUAAGAGAGAGCUUUACCAAGCGUGCCAGCCCAGUGCCUAGAAGCCCAGACAGGGAAGAUGGAGAGGAGGUGCCUGCUGGUGGCAUGCUCUUCAAGCGCUGGGCCACCAGGGAGCUGUAUAGCCCAUCUGGUGAGAAGGAUGAUGCUGACCGGGUUUCUCACGGCUUGGAUCAGCGUGUUACCCAGGGCCCAGUGUCAGCUACUGUGGAAGUGACCAGCCCAACGGGUUUUGUACAGUCUCAUGUGCUGGAGGAUGUAAGCCAGUCUGUAAGGCAUGUUAAACUAGGCCCCACUGAAAUGUGGAGGACAGAACAGGUGUCCUACGGAGGACCCACCGCACAGGUGGUGGAGGUAAGUGGAGACUUCAGCAAGGCAGUCAGCUCCGAGGGAGCCAGCCGCUCUGUGAGGCACAUUACACUGGGUCCCCAUCAAAGCCAUGUGUCCACAGAAGUCAUUUUCCGAGGCUCUGUGCCUACCUGGCAGAAAACAGGAGACACAGAAGAGCCUGGCCCAGCAGCACUGUCUGUGGAAGCUGACGUCCCAGGGAGCGGCAAGAUGCCUGGCUCUGAGCAGUCUCACAUGGAAAAAGAAAUUCAUUUUCAGGGUCCUAUUUCUGGGGCAGCCCAGGUUGGUAGUAACUUUGCAGCAGAAGAGUCAGUGGGUACUCAGACUUUUGUUAGGCAUCUCCAGCUAGGCCCCAAAGAAGGGUUCAGAGAAGAAAUCCAGUUCAUAGCUCCCAUCCCAGACAAGGUAGAGUGGAAAGAAGGGGAUUCUGAGCACACCAAAGUGUCUCUAGGGAGGAGUACAUCCAUACAGCACAUUGACAUCGUGCCUCAGAGGCACCAAGCUUUCAAGCAGAUGGCCCCACAUACACUGGACUUUACGGACUCAGAAGGCAUGGUCCUGGUGGAGGGCUCAGUAGGUAUGACCCAGGCCACUCACAAUUUCACCUCAGAUAGAAAAAUCCUCAAGACCAAAGAGAACACAUUCCAGAGGGUCAUUUCUGGGUCUCCUCCAGACAGCGUGGGCGACACAGGAGCAGAGAUGACAGCAAACCUCAGCAGAUCCUUUAGGCACAUUCAAAUAGGUCCUACAGAGGAGGAACCCUCUGAAUACAUUGUCACUGGUAGACCCAUGUCUAAAACAUUUGUUCUUGAUAGUUCCGUGGCGUCCCCUAGGCUGGGUGGGGGAGCAGACAUUGGUAGCACACCGUGUCACAUUGCACUGGGGCCCAAAGAAACUUCAUUUACUUUACAGAUGGAUCUGAGCGACAGGAGAGCAAUCCGCAGCUGGACCCGAGACACAGGGUCAGAAGUGGAAGCUCACAGUGUGUCUCACCAUGGUGGCUGGAGAAUUGCUCACAGUAGGGAUGAACAAGUAGCCAGCACCAGCUCUCAGGCCUCCGCUGGGGACGCACAUCAGACCCCUGGAGAGAAAGGCACGGAGCAGGCUGAAUUUGACAAGACGGUGCAGCUGCAGAGAAUGGUAGACCAAAGGUCGGUGGCUUCAGAUGAGAAGAAAGUGGCCCUUCUCUAUCUAGACAAUGAGGAGGAGGAGGAGGAGGGGGAGGGAUGGUUUUGACAAACGGAGCUGUCUUGUCCUGAAUGGCACUCUGGAAACAUUCAUGUACAAAGCCUUCAAAAUACUGACAUACAAGCCCUUCACUAAGUGCAGGGAGGAGGACAAGGCUGGUUACCAAUACCUUUAUUUAGAGAAGCCUAGGCCGAGUUAGUUUGCUUUAGAACUCAUCUGUAAAGGUUGGAGAUGUUACAUUUGAGUUGGAACUUUCACAGACUCGUGUCAUCUUUUUAGUCUCCUUUCUCUAAACUUUUCUCUGCACGUGUGGAGACAGUUUAUAUAAGUUUUGCACCAGGUCACAGGCGUGGUUUACGUCUGUUCUACCAUUUAUCUAUAGGCAAGACACUUUAACAUUAACCAGAUUAUAAUAAUGUAUUUAAGGGUAGGUUGUGUUUGCAUGUGCUAAUAUCAAACAGUAAACUAAUACUGGAAAGGAAAAUAGGUAGAUUUUUCUCUUUCCUAAGUCUUUAAGCAAGACCGUAUGUUUGAAAAAAAUA